GCCAUUAACUGAUUAGGCAGCAAGUACGCUGGUUACAGAGUUAACGAGUUGUUGCUAGGAAACGGUUAAAUUGCAUCUUAGCAACAGACAGUAAACAAACCAUGGCUCAUUGUCGCUGACAUCAGACUGGAGAAAUGUCUCAUAGAACAUUAUACGCACCAACACAGGAUGUCAGCUCGCUCAGUGUUUGAUAGUGCGCCUUUCUCUUCAACUGAGAUGAAGUUUAUAGAGGACUUCAAGCGAGACGCGCACCCCGAUAAAGUAAAUCUCGCAGGGAGGGAAUAUGUUGGAGAGCAAGGACAAACCGCAUGGCUUCCUCUGAUUCGAAAAAUCAAGCAACAGAUUGCCACAGACCCCACUCUUACUCCAGAGUACCCACCCAUUCUUGGUCUCCCAGAAUUUACCACAAGGGUGACAGAACUUGCUUUGGGCAGCGAUAGCCCCGCCAUUUUGGAAAGCAGGGUCUUCGGAGUCCAAACAGUACGAUGUACUGGGGCAGUGCGUCUGGGUGCUGAAUUACUGAAAUCUUGGUACUGUUCAAGCUCUUCCUGGAGUGGGCCUGUCCUCCUCCCCUCUCCAUGUGAUGACUCACUAGCAGGCACCUUUAAGGCAGCUGGGAUCGAUGACGUGCGAAACUACCGUUACUGGCAUGCAGAAUCUCAUGGAGUGUGUGUGGAAAACGUGGUGCAUGACUUAGAAAACGCUCCAGAACAAAGUGUGGUGGUCCUGUUUGCCUCUGGCCACUGUCCCACUGGUGCCGACCUCUCUCAGGAAGAGUGGAAACGUGUAGCUGAGGUCAUGGUGAAGCGUCAAAUGUUUCCAGUCUUCUUGUUGCCUGCUCAGGGUUUGUGCAGUGGUUCUGUUGAGCAGGAUGCCUGGGCUGUGCGAUACUGUGUGUCUUUGGGACUUGAGUUGCUCUGCGCUCAGUCUUUUUCCCACAACUUUGGUCUCUAUGGUGAGGGAGUAGGCCAUCUUCUUUGUGUGAUAAAGCAGAACCUUCUGGCUGUACAAUCUCAAGCUGAGAAACUUGUUCAGACACUUUGGGCCUGCCCACCAAUGGAAGGUGCCAGAGUCAUUGCCACUGUACUAAGCAACCCUGCCCAUCUGGUGGAGUGGCAGGGAAGUAUGAAGACUAUGGCUGAACGCUGCAUGCUAAAAAGGGAACGUUUGCGUGAAAGACUGAGGAUUUUGGGUAGUCCUGGUCCUUGGGAUCACAUUAUAAAGCCUGGAGGCCUUUAUUGCUGUAUUGGACUCACUGCUCAACAGGCUGAAUUUCUUCAGAGGAAACACAUCUAUUUGUUACCCAGUGGGUGUCUGAAUGUUAGUGCCAUUAACAGCCGUAAUCUGGACCUUGUUGCUGAAUCCAUCCACCAAGCCUUGACCUCUCCCCUCUGACCCUGUGUUAAAAUCAUACUGAAGCUUUCAUAAACGUAUCUUAUUCAGUAGAUAGAUAUUAUAUAUUCAAACAGAGUACCAAGGACACUAAACCAUUUGAACUUUGAAUUUGUUAGGUUCGUGUAGACAGACGUUCUCUGUAGUUUGCACUUCAAGGUAUAGCCAAAUUGCCCAAAAAACGGCACUUAAUCUAUAAUUAAAGACAUAAUUCAGUGACAGAAUGGCAAUAACCUUUGCUGCCUCUCUCUUUGCUAGUUGUCCUUGGACAAAUAAAAUGCAAAUAGCCAUGUCAGUACCAGUGGGGCAUUUUAAGUGCAAGCGAUCAGAAUAGAUUUGGUGAAGUGGUACAUUUUAUAAUAGAUAUUGGUAUUUUAAGGACAUUUUAAUCAAUUAUUACUGUAUCUGAAUAAUCUGUGUUAUUUUUGAUAGGGCUGAAAAGAGUAACCCACAACAGAAAAUAAAAGUACAUAACCAGACAUUGUGUGAAACCAUUUAUGUAAAAACAUCAAGCAACAUUUUCUAUGUUCCCUCCCAUUUAAUAUGCUCACAGAAUGUAUUAAUUAGCAAACUUAACUUAACUUUGUUCUGGUCCACUCUGAAGUGUUAACCAGUCUCAAAAGUGUGGAUUGAUAUCAGAGAAGUGUUUUAAAUUCAUUGUUGCUUAAACAGGACAAGGGAAACUGUUCAUGCUUUAGGUGUUGGGGCAAGAUUUUUUUAUUAUUGUUUUUUACAAAGUGGGGUAAAAUGUGUUUUUAAAACAAAAUGUGAUGAUGUGCAACAAAAGUCACUUUCAUAGCCACUAUAAAGAAGAUGAACAAAUGGGUUAACAAAGACAAAGUUCAACAUUAGCUUAACAAACAGGGUUAUGUUACUAAAA